AUGGACUCUCACCAUGCCAUUGUCCAGGAAAUAUCUUUUCAGGUAAAGCGAUUCUAUGCGGACAAGAAGCCAUUCUAUAUCUACCAUGGCUCGACGAACUCGACGCGCGCUUCGAAAAAGUCCCGCUCCAACACCGUUGACACCAGCAGACUCAACCGUGUCCUCUGUAUCGACCGGGUCCGCAAAGUCGCCCUCGUGGAGCCCAAUGUUCCUAUGGAUAUGCUCGUCCAGGCGACUCUGCCACAAGGACUGAUCCCACCUGUUGUUAUGGACUUUCCUGGUAUCACAGUUGGGGGCGGAUUCGCAGGCACAUCCGGCGAAAGCAGCUCCUACCGGCACGGCUUCUUCGACCGAACAGUCAAUUGGAUCGAGAUAGUCAUUGGCAACGGGGAGGUAUUGAAAGCCUCGGCCACGGAACAUCCAGACCUAUUCUUCGGAGCUGCAUGCUCCUUUGGGACGUUGGGAAUCACGACUCUGGUUGAGCUGCAAUUACUCGGGUUGCCGGCCGAGCCCGUCGUUGAAUUGACCUAUGUUCCCAUCUCGAAGGGCGUAAAUGAGGCCGUACGCAUAAUUGAGGAGCUUACUCCUGACGCCGCGUACCAAUACAUCGACGGGAUAAUGUUCAGCAAAGACAGGGGUGUCAUCUGCGCCGGGGCGAUCAAGAGUCGUGCCGCUACUGCGGCCGUUCGGAUGCAGACGUUUGCGCACCCGACGGAUCCUUGGUUCUACAUGCAUGUUGAGCAACUACUUUCCUCUUCAACCUCCGGAACGGGUCCCGUGAAAGAGCUGGUCCCCUUGGUCGACUAUUUAUUCCGCUACGACAGAGGCGGCUUCUGGGUAGGCAAAUACGGAUUCCAAUACUUUCUCUUCCCGCAGACCGAGUUCAUGCGAUGGUUGCUCGACGACGUUAUCCGCACAAGGGUCAUGUAUCAUGCCGUCCACAAGAGCGGGCUGUUCCGGGAGUACACUAUCCAAGACGUCGCCGUGCCCUACGCAGCCGCAGAACAGUUGAUCGACUACCUCGACGACUCCUUCGGCAAGUACCCGCUGUGGCUUUGUCCCGUGCGGCAGACCACAGCGCAUGUAAGGGGUCUCAUUGCGCGACGGCGUACGGGCUUCGAGGCCGAGCACGCGCCGGAUAUGAUGCUUAGCGUGGGAGUCUGGGGACCCGGGCCUAAGGGCAAGACGCAGUUCCUUGAUUUCAACCGACGGCUCGAAAAGUUGGUGCGUGCACUGGGAGGGGAGAAGUGGCUUUAUGCGCGGACUUGGUACACGGACUCGGAGUUUUGGUCUAUUUACGAUCGAUCUCAAAUGGAUGAGCUGCGGGAAAGAUAUCAUGCUGGGUAUCUUCCGAAUUUGUAUCACAAGGUUUGUGCCGAGCGAGGGGAGACAGCUAUUGCAAAGCAGGGCUGGGUGCCCUGGCUGAUGGAGAAGGUAUUUCAGCAAUGGCCAAUAUGCGGGGUUUAUGGAUUGAUACACACUUUUUGGAAUAAGGAGUAUUUGCUGGAUGAUUCAAAGAAAUGA